AUGUGGACCCGCAUCUACGCCUGUGCCUUUAUGGUUUUGAGUUGCCUUUGGGUGACGAGUGCAUUCUUGCCCAACAACGAUCACGCUCUCAAAUCGCCCCAGAGAGCCGGGUCGAUUUUUCCGUAUCUGUCAAUGACCAACAACAACAACAACAACAAUGAUGAUGAUGAUGAUGACGAAAGCACUGCAUCCGAAUCAUCGUCAUCACCAUCAUCAACACAAGCAAGUUACCUGGAUGGUUUGACACCACCUCCACUCAACUUGAAACGUGAAUCCAUCUUGUUCAGCCCAAAUCCAUCGACCAAGAACGACAACGAAGUGCUCGAUCUAUGGAAGACUUGCAAGGAUCGUUUGCCAGCGGUCAUUACGGGCGUUUGGCCUUGGCGGUCAACACAAGUAGCCGACGCGAAUCCCAUGGGUGCCUUGUACAAUAUCGCUUUUGUCCGUUUGCCCGUAAUUGGAGUAUCGAUCGGUUACAUUCAGUACAAUCUACUCCAAGGUCAUCCACUGGUGAUGGAUAUGGGACAAGGUCCAUUCGAGAUGAGUCCUUUGAUUGUACUUUCCGUGCUGGCGCUGGUAUUGGCAUAA